ACGCUCGGUAAAUGUUCGCGUAUCCAUCUUCUUUCCGUAGAGCACCUGGUCGAAAGAGGAAUUACUUGUGCGACAGGCGUUGGAAAUGUCCGUUUUGCAUUCCAUUGUUACGAAGACACUUGAGGGAAGAUUUGACCGUGAUUGUCCACCGCGUCUGCUCACUGUUCACUGCCUGAGUGACAGAGUUUGAGCGACCACCCCUCAAGCUUCCGUUCUGCCGAAUUUUUAUGUCAGACCCAUGCCUUGUAUGUGCUUACCCGGCCUUUUGGGUAUGCUUCGAACAAGGAUCGAUCCACUAUCGCUCCGUAAUUCCCUGCCUGCGCGCCGUUUCAUGUGAGAAACUAGCUGAACUUGGCAUGACAUUCAUCCCAAAUGGCGUCAAGUGCUACCAGCCGCCUGCGAAACCCUGGUGGGUGAAACAACGGGCUCCAGGCAGAACUGUUGAGGAUGAAGUGUUUCCAACUUCUAAGCGGUUCGCACAGUAUAAGAACCCCAUCGCUGACGUUCACAGAGGGCAUACUCACUCCAAUCAAACAUGGCUACUGCUAAGAAUGCUUUCUCAACACCGCUCAAUGACAAGGACCCAUACAUCUAUCAGGUUGGGUUUGGUAACGGCUUCGCUUCGGAAGCCAUUCCCAAUGUCUUACCUGUAGGCCAGAACACCCCUCAGAAGAACAAAUACGGGUUAUAUGCUGAAGGAAUUAACGGCACAUCCUUCGUCGCUCCUCGGCACGAAAACCAGCGAACAUGGCUCUAUCGGAUGCGGCCUUCUGUGUCCCAUAACGGUUUCAAUGACGCACCCGAGAACUCAUUCCUUGAAUCAAACUUCUCCCCUCUUAAUCCCAAGGUUCAUGUUAGCGCCACCCAACAAGCCUGGCACCCUCUCGACAUUCCUUCGGAGAAGGUUGAUUUCGUUCAAGGUUUGAGAACAAUUGCCGGAAAUGGCGAUCCAACGACUCGCGAAGGUCUAGCAGUCCACGUGUAUUUGGCCAACACGUCUAUGGGCAACAAGGCUUUCGUAAAUAGUGAUGGCGAUAUGCUGAUUCUGCCUCAGCAAGGACGAUUGGAUAUUCAGACAGAGUUGGGCAAGUUAAUGGUUCGACCAGGAGAGUUGGUAGUCAUUCAGAAAGGGCUCAAGUUCAAGAUCACACUUCCCGAUGGUCCAUCCCGAGGAUAUAUUCAGGAGAUUUACGGCUCCCGUUACGAGUUGCCUGAAUUAGGCCCUCUCGGUGCCAAUGGCCUUGCCAACGUUCGAGAUUUCGAGCAUCCUGUUGCAAGCUUCGACAUUGACCAAUCGGACUGGGAAAUUGUCUACAAAGUGAGCGGCAAACUCUUCGUGUGCACUCAAGACCACACUCCCUUCGAUGUCGUUGCUUGGCAUGGAAACUACGUUCCCUACAAGUAUGCUAUGGAGAAGUUCAUCGGUGUGGGCAGUAUCACCAAGGAUCACAUCGACCCGUCCAUCUUCUGCGUACUCACAGCCAAAUCCAAGACACCAGGAAUACCUCUCGCAGAUUUCCUGAUCUUCUCCCCUCGCUGGGAUGUUGCUAAUGGCACUUUCCGCCCUCCAUACUUCCACCGCAAUACUGCCUCCGAACUCAUGGGUCUUAUCUAUGGCGUCUAUGAAGGUCGUAGUGACUCGUUCAAACCCGGAUCUAUCAGUUACGAGACAGGGUUUUGCCCUCAUGGAGUGUCCUGGGAAGAAUACAAGAAGGCAUCUGAGAUGGAACUCGUUCCGAUGCGAGUUCACGAGGGAACACUUGCGUUCAUGUUCGAGUCGAGCAUGCCCUUCGGUAUCACUGAGUUUGCGAUGAAGAGUGAGAAACGACACGAACACGAACCGGGCAUGUGGAACGAUCUCAGGAACAACUUCAUUGCGAAUAUCGAGCAAGUCAAUCAGGAUCUGAAGGCGGCUGGCUUACCUGAAAUCAAACCGUGAACUUUUUGCUUCUCUUCAAGUUGUUUCAAACCUUCAGCAGUGAAUUAUUGAGGAUGAUGUUUGGUCAUCACUCUUUGUCAGGAGUACACUUCACAAUGUUAUCCUAUGUACGUUACUUUGAUUGCUAGAGAUCGCAGAGUACUCAGUGGCAAUAAGUUAUGGUCUCAGCGCGGAAAACUACGGCUAGCGAGUUAUUGUUAUCUACACCCAAGUCUACCGUUCGGGGUCAAUUAAAUAUAGAAGAAACAUCACUC